AUGACUACCUUCAGGCUACCGCAAAGUCAAUCUCCUGUAGGCCAUACCCCACUUAUCGAUCUUGUACCUGCGAACCCAGUAAGUCGAGAUGCCUCAUACUCCAACUACAACGAGAACACUUGGAGAAACGCUCUCGGACAAGCAGAUCGGCCUGUUGCUGACGCUCAACCUACUCGCUGGGGCCCGAGCGGUGGACUCAUCGACCAUGUGCCAUCGACAGAUCAAGGACAACCUGCAUCAUACUCCAAUCGCAACACGACAGGCUGGCGACAGCGCCUAGAGACAUCGAGAGCACAUCCUCUCCCAGGUCCGUCAGACCCACAGGGACCAAUCAGCUUUAACUCGGUCGGAGUUCCCACAUUCAACCCGCAACAGUGGCGAGAGGAGCAGAGAGGGCGCAACACAUCAAUCGCUCCACUCAACGCGGCAGAGGUCAACAACUCCAAGCGCGAUCAAGAGGACCGCGAACGGAUGAGCCUUCCUCAACAGUUCGAGCGCAGCUUCAGACGGACCUUGCAAUACAUUCCCUCGUUCGCACUCCUCGGGUUUGGAUCCAUGAACUUGGCCAUCUGGGAGCAGAUCCUCCUCUUGUUCGCCCUGGCACUACCUAACGGCGGCAUCGGCGGCGUUCUUACAGCGUUUCUCGGCACUGCUUUUGGGUACUACCUCAUCACAUUCAGCUUAGCUGAUAUGGCCCGGCUCUAUCCCACGUAUGCUGGACCUUUUUACUGGGUUGCCGCGCUUCAGAAGUCCCGAACUACCUCCAGCCUGCCGCACCAAAUGAGCUGGCUCUGCGCGUGGAUGAGUCUACUUGGUAUGGGAAUCAACCUGAUUGUCAACAUGAUAUUCACCUCAGACGUCGCUAUGUUCCUCUUCACCCUUGCUGGAAAAUGGUCGAAAUUCGUCUACGCCUUGGAAGAGCCAAAGAACUACCUCAGGGUGCCUUGGGCACUGCCUGUGACCGUUGGUAUCGCGACCAUCGUCGCUCUGAUUGCCAAUUGGAAACACGCCAAAUACCUCCCAGCUUUGCACAGAUGUUUCGUCGAGGCCUUCCGUCAUUUUGACAGCACGUCUGGAUGGAAAGGUGCAGUUUCAGGUUUCGUCUCAACAGGUGUCCUUGUGCAGCCGCUCCUAGGAUGUGGGUUCGUCGCGCACAUCUCGGAGGAAAUCGUAGACGCAGCCGUCCUCAUCCCCUGGACUAUGCACGUAUCGUACCUCCUGGAGGUAUUCAUGGCUUUCAUGAUCUUGAUGGUCAUUGCGAUCUGUAUCGGCCGGAACGAAAUGCUCACGCUUCGGGACUUCGCUGUGGCCAUGCUCGAAACAACCCAGGUUCCCUUGACCUACUUCCUAUCGGCAAUACUGCUCAUGCUGUUCGUCAUGCGCAGUAUAACGCUUUUGGCAAGUAUCUCUCGCCAGCUCAUGGCGAUCGGCAGGAGCUCAGAAACGAAGGGCCUGAACUUCAUAGAUGAAACCGACAGAUCUCCCGCACCCCGAAAUGCACUGGUCGUAGUUGCGAUACUGACAGCAGGCGCUGGCGCAUUGUGUCUUCUGCGAGACUAUCGUAUUGUUUUCGAGCACAUGCGCCGACUUGGUGCUCUAUGCACCCUCACCUCUCACCUCCUCUGCAUCGGGACCUUGCUCUUCUAUCGCAUACGGGAAAUCUGUGCAACUACCUCCACGGUCAAGCUUCGUCCGAGCAGCUUCAAACCAUUGAAACUGGCUGUCAACUGGUUCGCAUUCGGCUGCUGCCUUUGGUUCUUCGUAUUCGUCAACUUCCCUUCCGAAUUACCGGUCACUUGGGAUAACGCACCCUGGAGUCUGGCGGUGUGGGUUUGUAUCGUCAUUUGGCUACUUGUAUGGUAUUGGACCUCAGCCCGUCUUGACUUCCUUGUUCCAAAGACCCCGGACAACCUCCAGGAUUCCGCAACAGACGCCCCUGCCGUAGACACAGAUGCCCCGAAUGCUUCCGCGGGUAUCCAACUUUUCAGACAUGCCAGUCCAAAGCUGAGUAAAGCUGUCAGAUAUCUACAUGGCGAUGGAGAAGUCGGCACUAGCCAGCGUGAAUCCCUCAGGAGGCCCUCUACACCGGAAUGGCUAAAGAGAGGGUCCGGUGAUUUUGACUCGCACAGAAGUACGGGUGUGUUGAACACAGCCGAAGCAGAGCUGCAUUUUGAUGACGUUGACGCGAAUCGCAGCCAGGAAGCGGUGCUCGGCAAGGGCAAGCAGCGUGCUCAAGGCUGUUUGGAGCCAUCAAGGUGUCCACAGAGUCUGCAUAUCCCGGAUGUUGGCCCCUCAACUGCCGCCAGGCCGCUGUGUGGCAAUUGCGAAACCCAACUGUCGAGAAUCGCAGCGGGCAACUCGGCGUCAGCUCACGCGAACGCGGCCCCGAGGCACUCUUGA